AUGCAACUUAUAAAAAUCUACUACGUUUGGACUGUUGUAUCUUUUGUUGUAUUACAAAGUGUAAUGGUAGGAAGUCAACAAAGCUCGUUCGAGCUUCCGGUGCAAUUGGUUGGUUUCCCUUUCAUCAUAAUGGCGGUUAGGAUCACCAACUUCAUUAAGAAACUUUCUUACGCUCUGAGUCCGGCUACAUACCGGUCCAGAAGUCGUCGCGAGUUGACAUUCGCAAGUGACUCGGAUCCGUUCGAUUCUCAAGAAGUAGAGAAGUACAUCAUAGGAGAGUUUGGUGCUAGAGCCUGCGUGUUUGAGCGUGUUUGCGCGCACUAUGCCACCCGCGCUCGAUCGCAGCCGAGACCCCAAAUGGAUUGGUCUGAUGUUUUCAGACAAUACAAGCGCUCACCCGACCAGGCCAAGGAGUUGUAUCUGCUGAGUGUGUUCCUCGGAGACAUAGUGGGGUCCCCGCAACUAUGCCACCAGCUGGGAAAGAGAAGAGGAUGUGAUGACACUCUUCUCGCGAAUAUUUAA